AUGGAUUAUAUAGCGGUAGAUGCUGAUGGAAGUGCAGGGGGAUUACUUUUGGUUUGGAAUCCUAAAAUUUUCACACUGAAGGAUUGCUGUAGCAAUAGAAAUCUCAUCCUUCUUUCAGGUAUUUCCAAUAAUUCUUUUGGUUGUGUCAUUAUUAAUAUGUAUGCCCCAAAUGAGGUUGCUAAUAGGAGAAAACAAACAGCAGCAGCAGUAUGGUUUGAGGUCCACGAACAGGGAUGGGCUAGGUGCACAUUGAGAAAAAAGUUCAUAGUCUUGAAGCACAAACUAAAACUGUGGAAUAAGGAGGUUUUUGGGAAUGUGGAUUAUCAACUUAAACAAGCUGAGGAGGAUUUACAUAGCUUUGAUUUAGAGGCAGAAAAAAGGGAAUUAGAUAAAUCUGAACAUAAAAGAAGAUGUGAGGUCAAGGACUUGGUGUGGAAAUUAAGGAAGAGGAAGGACUCAUUAUGGUUUCAGAAAUCUAGAUUGGAUUGGACUCAGAUGGGAGAUAAGAACACUAGAUUUUUUCACAUCUGCGCCAGUAGGAGGAGAUGUAAAAACAUACUAGACUCUGUACAUGUGAAUGUCGUCAAAAUUGAAGAUCCAAUUGCAAUCAAACAUGAAGUAUGUAGGUACUUUUCCAAGCUGUUUUCUAAAACUUGGGUGACUAGACCUAAACUCUCAGGGGACUUCAAAACUAUCAGCAAGAUUAAGGUUGAAGAGGUGUUAGAGGCUAAGUUUUCUGAGGAUGAAAUUUGGUUAGCUAUAAAGGAGUGUAGUGGGAACAAAGAGCCGGGACCAGAUGGUUUUAAUAUGGCAUGCAUCCAAAAGUGUUGGAAAUUCAUGAAGAAAGAUUUUGUCCAAUUCCUAAAGGAGUUUCAUUUGAAUGGAAAACUAGUUAAAGGCAUCAAUAAUUCCUUCAUAGCCCUGAUUCCUAAAAAAGAUAACCCGUCUGAUUUAACAGAUUAA